UAUGAGGGGAGACUGGAGAGGGCGGAGCUGCUCUGGAUUUGAACUUUGGAGCAAUAAUGGUUGCUGGGAAGGUGAAAGUGGCGAUGGGUCUCCAGAGCUCGCCGGCGAACCCCAAGCCAGACCCCUCCCCCAAGCCCCCAUUACCUUCGCCCAGCUCCGGCAAGGUUCUUCAGAAGGCCGCCGUGUUCUCCCGCUCCUUCGGCGUCUACUUCCCGCGCUCCUCCGCCCAGGUUCAGCCCCGCCCGCCCAAUGUCACCGAGCUCCUCCGCCUCGUCGAAGAGUUGAGCGAGAGAGAGUCCCGCUUGAAGACCGAGCUCCUCGAGCACAAGCUCCUCCGGGAGUCCGUAGCGAUUCUCCCUGUUCUUGAAAACGAAAUCGCUUCCAAGGAUGCCGAGAUUGCGCGGAACGCGACGAAGAUCGAGUGCUUGGAGGCCGAGAACGAGAGGCUCAGGCAGGAUUUGGAGAUUCUCCAUACGAAAGCGUCGGAGGAGAAGAAGGAGUAUGAGAAGAAGGUGAAGGCGAUGGAGUCUGAGAUCACGAAGUUGAAGAGAGUGGUCUUCGAAGCUAGCAGAACGGAUUCGAGGAGGUUCCGGAACAGUGAUUUGGUUGAUAACGACGAGUUUUCGUCGCUGCAGAGGUUUCAGGGGCUGAUAGAUGUUUCUGGUAGGUCCAAUCUGAUUAAGAACUUGAAGAAAGGUUUGAAUGCUUUUGAAAAUGGUGGAAAUUUUGAAAUUGUUGGCAAGAAUAGGGACGAGUUUGGUGAGUUUGGGCGACCGAAACUUCUUCCGUGCAAUUCUGAAGAAAUCACUGAUGAGAUUUCCGAGUGUUCAUCGUUGAGAUCUCGAGCUCCUCGGGUCCCGAAGCCUCCUCCGAGGCCGUCAUUUUCGUUUUCUUCAUCGCCGUCUGACUCGUCUCGAUGCUCAUUCGCCGGUGCACCGGAGAGAGCGUCGACAGAGCAGCAUUCGGCUCUUCCGCCGCCUCGGCAAACGGUGAAAGUGAUGCCUCCACCUCCACCUCCGCCACCGCCACCGCCACCGCCACCGCCGAAGUGUACGAAGACUUCUCCGGCGAAGGUGAGGAGAGUGCCGGAGGUGGUGGAAUUCUACCACUCGCUGAUGCGGAGGGAAUCACGGCGGGAGCCUGGCGGCGGACCCGCCGAUGGUCCGGCGGCCAAUCCCCGCGACAUGAUCGGUGAAAUAGAGAACCGGUCCGCUCACUUGCUCGCCAUUAAGACAGAUGUAGAGACACAGGGUGAUUUCAUCCGGUUUUUGAUCAAGGAAGUUCAGAAUGCAGCCUUUGUGACCAUUGAAGAUGUUGUACCAUUUGUUAAGUGGCUUGACGAUGAGCUCUCUUUCCUGGUGGAUGAAAGGGCAGUUUUGAAACAAUUCGAAUGGCCGGAGCAGAAGGCUGACGCCCUUCGUGAAGCUGCAUUUGGGUACAGUGAUCUCAAGAAGCUUGAAUCUGAAGCAUCCUCAUUUUGUGAUGAUCCGCGCCAGAGUUGUGCUCAUGCUCUCAAGAAGAUGCAGGCAUUGUUCGAAAAAUUAGAGCAUGCUAUUUACGGUCUCUCACGAAUGAGAGAAUCAGCUUCCAAGCGGUACAGUUUAUUUCACAUUCCAACGGAUUGGAUGUGUGACACCGGCUAUGUAAGUCAGAUGAAGCUGGCAUCCGUGAAGUUAGCUAUGAAGUACAUGAAGAGAGUAUCCACAGAACUUGAAAUUGUGGGUGGUGGUACUGAAGAAGAAGAACUUGUAGUCCAUGGUGUACGGUUUGCUUUUCGAGUUCAUCAGUUUGCUGGGGGAUUUGACGUGGAAACGAUGAGAGCAUUCCAAGAGCUGAGAGACAAAGCCAGAUGCUGCCAUACACAGUGCCCAAACCAGCAACAAAAAUACCUGUAUGGCUCGGCCCCUUGCUGAUCUGUAGCAAGCAUUACCAAACUCAGCUUCAGAAUGUUUUUGUUGUAAAGUUCAAAUGGAAAAUCAGUUAUGUGAAUACAAUAUGGUGGCCACGGCCAUUCCGGAUUCAGAUUUGUAGUUGAUGAGCUCCUUAAUUAGGCAGUUUUUGACAGAAGAAAUGCCUGUCAUUUUGUUGCUCAGCAGGAGCCAAUACCAGGGCCACUAGCUAGUUGAAGAUCUAAAUGGGUAACUUGACUUGUGAAGCUAA